AUGAGUCCUUUGUCGCUAGUUCAUGCCACCGGGAUCAUUUCUUCCUCCCUUGCGGCCGGCACGAUCUUCACUUCCUCGCUCGCCGGUGUCAGCACGGCCCAGCUCGCCGUUCACGAUUCUCCGCGGCUGGCCGCUCAGCAAUGGGUCCAUGUCCACCGAAGAUGCCACAACAUAGGCACCCCGUUGGUCGUGCUAUCAGCAGUCUGCUUUGGAUGGGUGACCGCGCAAAAGCAGAGCCACUCCCUUCUGGCGGCCGCGACCGCAUGCAUGGGCAUCGUACCUUACACGCUUGUGGCUCUGAAGGGGCCGGAGACGGUUCUCUUCGCGGCUGCCGAUCCUGAGCACAAGGUUGGGUCGGCAUAUUCGACUCGAGAUAUAGGAGCAGCGCUCACCAGUUGGGGAACGCUGAAUAUGAUUCCUACAAUCCACUGCCCUUGGUUACAAGCUAAGAGCUUAGGCUGGGAGUUUUCCUUACGAUACACGGCGGCGGCCGUGUUGACGCUCGGCAUCGUGCCGUAUACUAUCCUCACAAUGCGGCCGACCAACAAUGCUCUUAUCGCCCUGGCACAAUCCCCAAAAGAUCUGGCCGCGGCGGACGAGACGAAAAGCCGGGAUUUGCUCGCAAAACGGACCUCGUUGAAUGGCAUCCGUGGCCUGCUGCCUCUUGCUGGGGCGAUGCUGGGUAUGGCUGCGGCCUGGAUUUCGGGUUGA